GAGAGAGGAGACCGCCGAGGUCCCCACAGCUCCCUGUGUGUCCCCGUACACAGCAGCGCUCGCCCAGCCAGACAGCGCGCCGCACUAGUGCCCUGUAGGUGUAUGCACAUGAUAUAUACAUAUAUACACACACAGGGCUGGUGACUGUCUCCCAUCACACAGACCUAUAGGUGUAUACACAUAGAGCAGCGGUCUGUGUGAUGUGCAUAGGUCUGAGUACACGGCGCAGUGGCUGUUGCCCUUACAUGGUCUCCAUAUCCCGGUGUGUAUGAGGAGAGUCUUCCCCGGGCCCAGGCACAUACGCAGCUGCAAUCCCUGUCCCGGCUCUGCACACCCCAUAGGCUAGCUGCUCAGUGAUACACAGGGUGCGGAUCACACGGCGGCCCCCGAUCAUCUCUGGUUCCACAGAAGAAUGUCUGCGACCAGCGUGGAUCAGAGACCUAAAGGACAGGGAAACAAAGUUACAGUACAGAACGGUUCAAUGCAUCAGAAGGAUGCUGUAAACGAUGAUGACUUUGAGCCAUAUCUAACUAGCCAGACAAAUCAGAGUAAUAGCUAUCCACCAAUGUCAGACCCUUACAUGCCUAGUUAUUAUGCUCCAUCCAUUGGAUUUCCUUACUCCCUUGGCGAGGCUGCAUGGUCCACCGCGGGAGACCCACCAAUGCCAUACUUGUAUGGACAGAUGAGCAAUGGGGAACACCACUACAUACCGGAUGGAGUGUUUAGUCAGCCUGGAGCUUUGGGGAACACUCCUCCUUUCCUAAGCCAGCAUGGGUUUAAUUUUUUUCCUGGGAAUGCAGAUUUCUCCACAUGGGGGACAAGUGGAUCUCAGGGACAAUCAACGCAAAGUUCUGCAUAUAGCAGCAGCUAUGGAUACCCACCUAGUUCCCUUGGUAGAGCUAUCGCUGAUGGGCAAGCUGGUUUUGGCAGUGACACUCUGAGCAAAGUACCAGGUAUUAACAGCAUCGAGCAAGGAAUGACAGGACUGAAAAUCGGUGGAGAUAUGACUGCUGCUGUAACAAAAACUGUCGGUUCAGCUUUGACUAGUAUAGCCGCAAACAGCGUGCCUCCAGUUAGCAGUUCAGCACCCAAACCAACCUCUUGGGCUGCCAUUGCUCGAAAGCCAGCGAAACCUCAGCCUAAACUAAAACCCAAGGGCAAUGUGGGUAUUUGUAGCACUGCAGUUCCCCCACCGCCUAUAAAACAUAACAUCAAUAUUGGAACUUGGGAUGACAAAGGGGCUGUGGUAAAGGCCCCUCUUACCCAACCAGUUCUGCCUCCUCAGCCUGUAAUUCAACAGCCUCAGCCAUUAACUCAACCUCUACCCAUGGUGCAAAACCAACUGCCUCAACAGCAGCUUCAGCAACAGCCACAGCAGCAACAAGGACCUCAGCAGCAGGCUCCAACACACCAGGUACAGCAGCAGCUUCAAAACCGCUGGGUGGCACCUAGGAACAGGGGAGUGGGCUUCAAUCACAACAAUGUAUCUGGCAAUGAGAACUUUGGCUUAGGUGUUGUUCCUGUUAGCUCCUCACCUUCUGGUGUUGAGGUUCACCCUGUAUUGGAGAAACUGAAGGCCAUAAACAACUAUAAUCCCAAAGACUUUGAUUGGAGUCUAAAAAACGGGCGUGUGUUUAUAAUAAAGAGCUACUCUGAGGACGAUAUUCACCGUUCUAUUAAGUACUCCAUCUGGUGCAGUACUGAACAUGGCAAUAAGCGUUUGGAUGCUGCAUUCCGGUCUUUGAAUGGUAAAGGCCCACUCUAUUUGCUCUUCAGCGUAAAUGGAAGUGGACAUUUUUGUGGUGUUGCAGAGAUGAAGUCUAUUGUGGACUAUAAUGCAUAUGCUGGAGUCUGGUCCCAAGAUAAGUGGAAGGGAAAGUUUGAAGUGAAAUGGGUCUUUGUCAAGGACGUUCCCAACAAUCAACUGAGACAUAUUCGUUUGGAAAACAAUGAUAAUAAGCCUGUUACCAACUCAAGGGACACUCAAGAGGUACCCCUAGAAAAAGCCAAGCAAGUCCUUAAAAUAAUUGCGACUUUCAAGCAUACAACCUCUAUCUUUGAUGACUUUGCACAUUAUGAGAAGCGUCAGGAAGAGGAGGAAGCCAUGCGUAGGGAGAGAAAUAGAAACAAACAAUAAUUGUAUGGAGUUAGUACUGCUCUAAAAACAACACUAAUGAUGCAGACUGGAAAUCGCCUAACUUGUCGAAGAAAACAUGACUUAUGCUUUUUAUUUCUGCUUAUGGCAACAUCUUGAAACUCUACCAUAAAAUUAACUUUUUUUUUUUUUUUUUUUUUUUCCACCCCGACCCUUGCAUACUGGUUUCAGCAAUGCAUCUAUCCUUGUACUCUUCACCAAACACACCCGACUACUUCGUCAAGCACUUUCUAUCCUGGAGCUUUUAUCAGUAACUGUCGUCUUUUUGUAAUCAAGCAUCCUAGCAAAGACGCAGGAGACUCAUUAAAUGCAAGGAUACCUUCUCCCUUUCAGUUUGUUUAAUACUAACAACUGUUAUAAAAGUGGUUAGUUAAUGAUGUGAGAUUCACUCGGCUUUUGUUUUUUAUUUUUAUUGUCAUAUUUUUUAGUUGUUGGAAAAUUAAAAAAAUGAAUCAUGCCAUAUUUAAUUCAGGAGUAAACUCUAGUUGUCCAUUAAGAUUUACUGUGGUGACAUCAGUAUGGCGAACCUAACCCACAGAAUCCUAGAGACCUUUUCUUUCAUUUUGUUUUGGUGUAAGAAUGUUAAAGUACAGCUUUGUGGGCACCAAGUUUUACUGACCAAUGUAAUUGUGCUUAUUCUCAUUUACUGCCAGGCGCAGGGGAUGCAGCUGUCUUGUCAGUAAUGAGCGCAAGCCGGCGAGUUCAUGUUUCAUACCACUUGUGUCACAAAUCUCUGUUUUCAGUAAAUGCACCUCCGUACCCGUGAGGCUUUUUGUGACCUAUCUAAUUACAUUUAACUUGAACUCUUAUUACGGAGUGUUAGCAAAUCUGACUAAGUGCUCUCAUGAACUAGGAAUAUACUCCUCUAAUUCACUAGCGUAAUAAACUUUUUUUUUUUUUAUUAGCGAGCAUACAUGUGGAAUUUGGCACUUUCUAUUUUCCCAAUUCAUUUGUUUGGCUCUUUCAGCUCUUAAUAAAUAACUGUGGGUGCUAUUCAGCCGUCUAUUUAAGCCUAGUCCUGAUAAGUCCCACUGCCCACUUUGUGAUUUGCUUUAAGUGCCUCUUCUGUUUUAUUUUUAGGUUUUAUUCUAGUUUAGAGAAAUGAUAAUCUGGUAAUGUGUUGCAGACAAAUGUAUUAAUGUAUAUGAGCCUCUGUAAAGCAGGUGCAAUUGUGCAUUCUCUAAAAAAAACAAAAAAAAAACUUUCUAGCUUAAUGUAGUGCGAACUUGGGAUCCUCCUACGGUAGAAAUGUUUUUCUAUGCGAAAUAUGUCUGUCCAGCAUAAAUACUAAAGAUUCUGUUACUUGCUGUCAUUCAGUUAUGUUUUGUCCUCUGAUUUCAUAGUAAAAAGAUUAACACAUUGACAUUUCUGAAACAAAUUUUAGAUACCGUAUAAUUUUCUUUAACGCAAGUUAAUGCUUUUAUAUCUACUGGUGAGAGAAAAGUCUAUAUGUAUUUCCAUAAAGAAAUAAAUUGACGAUGAAACAUGGCACACCAAAAAUAAUUCACUGAAACUGGUGAAACAACCACUUAAUGCAUAUUCUAUGUUAAUGGUGUAAUAAUGGCAAAAUGAAAAGAAAGUGUGGUAUUUUGUAAAGGGGAAUUGUUAGCGCUUAAGAUGAAGAGUUACUUUAUCCUACAGCACACAAGGAGGCAUUCAUUUUGUGGGCGUUCAUGGAAAUCCUGCUAAGAACUAGUGACAUCACAAAAACAUGACACACUAUGGGGUCUAUUUACUAAGCCUUGGCUGGAGAGAAGGUCGCUGGAGAUAAAGUACCAGCCAAUCUGCUCCUAAAGGCCCAUACACACUGGUCGAUAUAUCGGUCGUUCUCUUGAACGGCCGAUAUAUCGCGAGUCCGUCGGCCAGUGUGUACACGCCCGCCCAGUUCAUGACGUCAGUCCCCGACGGAUCGGGCAGUGUGUAUGCACAGCACACUGCCCGAUCCGUCCAUAGAUAUAUCUAUUAGUGUGUACCCACCUUAACUGUCAUGUUACAGGCUGGGCUUGAAAAAUGACCGUUAGGAGCCAAUUGGCUGGUACUUUAUCUCCAGUGACUUUAUCUCCAUCCAAGGCUUAGUAAAUAGACCCCAAUGGGUCUUAUUCAGAGUUGGACACUAAGCUAGAGGUUCUCAAACGCAGUCCUCAAGGCACCCCAGUGGUCCAUAUUUUUGGUAUAUCCAUGGUUAUACCACAUAUGGUUAAAUCAAAUUGACAAAGGUGCUGAUUAAGUCACCUUUGGCCAAGCAUGGAUAAACUUAAAACAUAGCCUGUUGGGGUACCAUGAGGACUGCGUUUGGGAACCUCUGCACUAAGCAUUAGCACCUACAACAGUUGCCUCAGCUGCUACUGCUAAACUGUGCUAAUGCCACAGGAGGCAUCUUGUAUAGCUAGACGCCUUCUGCUAGCUUUUGUGAUCUGCUAUGUCUGAGGAUGCAGCAUCAGAUCUGCAAAAACAUUGGCCAUCUACGUAACCUCAGGUUAUGCAGAAUGGCCGGUGUUUUCAUGCUGUUGGGGCCAGGAAAUCUGCUUCAGAAAACACAGACCCUGGACUCUGCAUGCCUACAAAUGGGGGAAGCCCCCCCCCCCCCCCCUUGUUUUGUAAGAUGCUCACCGUAGCUGCCUCCAUCAGCACUGUGGCUUGCGGGCAUUGCAGAAGGAUGUUUGCGUACAAUGCUGAAUCAGGCUGUAUAUAUCACUGUGUUAAUGAGCAAGCGCUAACGGUAAUGUUAUGUAGUAACUGAGAAAUAUUAACCAAAUGAGGCAUAAAAUUCAAUAUAUUAUAAAACGAUAUAAUAAAAUAAAUUUAUGCCUCAUUUUAUUAUAUUUUAUGAUUUGUUACAUUUGUUUUAUUAUAUCGUUUUAUAAUAUAUUGAAUUUUAUGCCUCAUUUGGUUCAUUUUUCUCAGUAACUGCAUAACAUUACUGUCAGCGUUUGCUCAUUAACAUAUAAGCUAACGAGAUUUAUUGUAAGCGAGCUGCUUUACAUAACAGCGCUGGAUGUCAACCCCCACUAUAUAUAUCUCACCAGUUCUUAGUGAACCAAUAGACUAAAGGGCCCUACACACUGGCAGAUCUCACUGCACGAUAUGAACGUUCUCGUUCAUUAAUGAACGAGAAUUUGUUCAUAUCGUGCAGUGUGUAGGCACCAACGAUUAAUGAUGCGCGGCCCCGCGCUCGUUAAUCGUUGGUGCCCCGUCGCUUAUACAUGGAGGCCAAUAUGGACGAGAUUGUCCAUAUUAGCAUGCAUUGCUAUGAAGCUGGGUGACGGGGGAGUGAAGAAACUUCGAUCCCCCGUCACCUCACCCCCGCCGCUGGGUCGCCCGUCUGCCGUAUCGGCAGUUGGGCAGCUCGGCGGCAGGUCGCCCAGUCUGUAGGGCCCUUAAUAAUCUAUUCAGCCUUUGAGAAGGCUGCAUCCAUUGUGUGUAGGUGACAUGUAUGGCCUUAAAGGUAACCUGUGCCUAAGACUGCUAUUGAUAUCUGUUAUGAUGGAGCAAAAUCACCAAAUGAAAAGGUUUUUGUAUCUAAAAUCACGCAAGUCUGUAAACAUUUCUUGUUUUGUCUCUCAAAUAAGUUAUACACAUGACCUUCCCAUGGAUUCUUGGGCACAUAAGCAUGGUUUUUUGUAUGUUUUUGCAAGCAUUUAAUUAUCAAUGAAUGUGUAUAGUAUUGUCAGCUGGCAAAUAGAAAGACAUCUGAAAAUUAGUUCUUAUAUAAUCUUUAAGUGACCUGUUCUUCGUGACGUGAUUGUUUUUAUUCCUUUUUAUGUUUUGCGUAAGAAAACUUGACAUAUUGCCACAUCUAAACCCCCCACCCCCCGCCCUUCCUCCAGAAAUCUUAAAGCUUAGACUCCAAAGAGGGAUUGUUUUUAUGCAAAUGCUUUUAAAGAACUAUGCUUGUUUAAAUGGAUUUAAUCUUUUAGUCGACAGUCUCCUCUUUUUUUAACGGUACUAUUAUAUCAGAAUUAUUUUUAAGAGAAAUUUUGCCCCAAAGUGAUUAUAUGCUAAGUAAGCAAUUCUGUACCAUAAGUAAAUUGGUGGUUUAUUGUAGACUCUACUUUCUAUUAGUGAUGUAAGGAGUAGAGCACCUUUGUGACAGAUCGUAAAGGAACACUAGUAUGCUAUCUGGUAGCCCUUGCUUCAUUUAGGAGAUGAAAUCAAAAUUGCCUAAUACGUGUAAUACGUAUUCCACUAUACAUUUUUUUUUCCCCUGAGCUUGUAUGAAUAUAGAGCCCUCAUAUUGCCAUGCCACUAAGAAAGUGGAAAGUUUUCGUGAAUCAACUGAGAAGUAUGUUGCACUGGUUUGCUUCACUGCAAAGUAUAUUCCUGAUACCUCCUUUAAUUAACCUUGUGACCGCUUGUAUGUUCAUCUAGUACUGUGGGCAAUACUGUUCACAUCUCCAGUAUUGGACUUGCUAACUAGUUUUAUGCAUAGCUCCCAUAUUUGCAGUCUUUAUCUGUCAAGAAUCCGUGUUUGUGGAUUUAGAGAAUGUGACUUUCUCACUAGCUGCUGCAGUAUUGUAACCCAUUUAAAUACACAACAGAGAUAGGUGGAAAUACUACAUAGCGUUACAAUGGUCUGUAUUACUGUAUGCCUGUCAAACAAAAAGAAACUUUUUAUUCUUCUGUUAAACUCUGUAUAGUGCUAUUUUUAAGAUACGUGCUUGCUGUCUUUGAACCAUUUCACUUGGUUAUUUCAUAGUGUUCACAUGUAAUGUACUUGGCUCCAGUGGUGGUAAUCUCGUUGUUGUUGGCAAACUAAAAACCUUAGGAAGCCCUGCUGACCAUUCGGCAACUUAAGAAUAGCGCCGGGAAUUAGCUCCCGACGCUAUUCAAUUCAGCUCCAGUUAAGUCGACGAUGUCCCGUUCUCGCCGACUAAACAGGUUGAAUUGUCGGGAGAACGGGCAUUCUCCGACUUAACUCCCCGACGCGAGGCUGAUUCCUGACAGAAUCAGCCUCGCGCCAGCCGCGAGGCAGCACUUUUGUCGGGUUUCUUCUCUCAUCCCCCGGGGAUGAGAGAAGAAUUCCCGACAAUUGCAGGUCACUAGCAGCUGAAUUGAAUAGCGUCCGGAGCUAAUUCCCGGCGCUAUUCUUAAGUUGCCGAAUAGAAUUGACCCCAAGGUGUAUUUCCUGUACCAUGGGUAAAGCCACCGGUGUGCCAGAUGCUUUUUUUUUUAACCAAUAGUAGUUUGCAUUCUUGUUAGUAGUGUUUUAGACUUUUCAUUAUGUUGAAAUGCAAGAAUAUGGAAGUAAAAGCAUACUAGAGAAUGCAAAUAACACUGCCAUUGAGUACAAUAACACUAGAAAAGAUUUCUAGAGCUGUGUUUCCAAAAGCCGCCGCUCCCGGAGGGUUGGAGGAGAAAUUUGGCGCACUCAGUCCGUGUAAAGCACAUAAGGAUUUACAUGGACUGCAAGCGCCAUUUCAAAUGUUAAGCUCCCACUCAUCCGGUAAGCCGCUGCUUCGUCAAUUAAGCUCCUAGUGUCAUACCAGCUUACAUGUACUGUAUUUUGGGUGUAGUAUGGUAUGCCGGUGGCCGGGAUCCCGGCGGCCAGCAUACCGGCGCUGGGAUACUGACCGCCGGCAUACCGACAGCUGGUUGAGCGCAAAUGAGCCCCUUGCAGGCUCGCUGCGCUCGACACGCUGCGGACACGGUGGCAUGCUACACACGCCACUCUACACUCCCUCCAUGGGGGUCGUGGACCCCCAAGAGGAUGAAUAGUUCUGUAUGCCUGGUGUCGGGAUCCCAACAGCCGGCAUACUGAAUACUACCCUGUAUUUUAAUCAUGUUACAAAUACAUGUCAAGUGAGUAAAAAAAAUAAAAAAAUGCCAGUGGGUAAAUACCCCAUGCCAUCUGGUGGGGGGUAAUAGCCUAAUAAACAGAAGGAAGAGUAUAUGGGGGGAGGUGUCUUUUCAUGAAGCAGUGAAAAGAGUGGAGAAGUGAGCCCAUGGAGAAGUUGCCCAUGGCAACCAAUCUGCUUUGAAGUAACAUUUAUCAAGUACAUUCUAUAAAAUUAUACGUAGCAGCUGAUUAGUUCACUCUUUUCACUGGUUCAUGAAUAGAUCCCACAUUAUGAUGGGAACGGUGCAGUUUGCACCUGCUCGAUGCAGAUUGGUCUGUUAGACCUGUUAAAUGGUCACAUUAUAUGCUGCAAUAUCGUGAUAUGGUAUCUGGAAAGCUUUAAAUUUAAUCAAGAUUUUUUAUUUAGUGCACAUUAAGUCCUCAGAAUACGUUACAAUCCUCAAGUGCUAUACCAGUAUUGUGAGCAGAUUUAUGAUGCCUGCUCUUAAUCUUAAGAAUAUUUUUUUAAACUAUUUUCACAAUGUAUUUUCCCUAAUUUUUUCAGUAGUAGUUAAUUACUGUUGAAUACUUAUCCAUCCAAAGCUUAAAAUCCUAUUAUGGUACAGGUUAACAGUUUUAAUUAAGAUUUCUAACCACAAGCUCAGUCAGGUUGUAUUAAAAAAAAAAAAAACAACAACUUUAUUAUAUACCUAUAUUAAAAAAAAUAUAUACAUAUAUAUGAAGUAGCUGGCAUUUGGGUUGUAAUCAAUCUGGAUAUGUCGUCUAAAUAUAGAAAUGUGUAGUAAAAUUAUAUAAUUUUAUGCAGCAAAAAAAAGAAAAAAUGUAAAAAAACUUGCUCGGUUGCUGGUGUUUUUAAAGGGAUCUCUAGUUUUAUUGCAAAGUUACAUUUCACAUAGGGUACACUUUUGCACCUGGCAUUAAAAUGAAAACUUCUGACUGCACGAAAUAGAGGGUAAAAAAAAAAAAAAAAGUUACACAUUUCUUUAAUUUGUUACAAUGUAUGUUUUUGAAAAUCUAAUUACAGGAAUAAUCCAGUUGUAUUACACAGUUGUGCCUCUGCAUCACUCUGCCGUUUGUGAGAACUGUGGUGACCUGGUCUUGUACAACUAAAUUUUAUGUAUGCGAUUAAAAAGUUUAGAUAUCCCAUAUACUGUAUACGAAUACGGCAGAGCAAAAUAGUCCUUACAGAGCUGGAAAAUAAACCAUGUUAAAAUCCAGUAAUUGGCAUUUUUUUAUUUAUUGGAUGUCUGUAUUGUUUUUGGGCAAUUUGGGAGUCAGUUUAUAAACCAAAACACUUUCUCAGUGGUAAAAAUAAAUAGGAGCUUUGAAAAUGACACUGCACAAGACCUUGAAUAUUGGUGAUUUGCAACUGCAAUUUCAGAACUCCAAAACUCUCUAAAGUUA